AACGCUCACUGAGAGAGAGAGUGUGUGAGGGUGUGGAUGUACCAGCUCUGAAUGUAUCCGACAUGGUGGUGAUUAAAACGCUUCUGUUAUUCUACUGUUUGACACAUUCACAAGGUCAGUAUGAGAAUCGGCUGAAUAAAUACAUUCGGCACUAUGAGGGAUUGUCCUAUGACACAGACGACCUGCACAGUAAGCACCAGCGAGCUAAAAGAGCUCUGUCCAAUGAGGACCGGUUCCUCCACCUGGAGUUCCACGCUCAUGGCAGACAUUUUAACUUGCGGAUGAAGAGGGACACGGCUUUGUUUGCUCCUGAUCUAAAGGUGGAGGUCUCUGGAGAGGAGCUGCAGUACGACACCUCACACAUUUACAGUGGAGAAUUAUACGGAGAACCAGGCAGUGUGACUCAUGGCUCUGUCAUUGAUGGCAAGUUUGAGGGAUUCAUACAGAGCCAUCAGGGAACGUACUACGUGGAGCCAGCUGAGCGAUACCUCAAAGAUCGGAAUGUGCCCCACCAUUCUGUCAUCUACCACGAGGACGACAUCGAUUAUCCUCAUAAGUAUGGCAGUGAAGGAGGCUGUGCUGAUAGCUCUGUCUUCGAGAGAAUGAAGAAGUACCAGGCAUCCGCAGUGGAAACGCCAGCUGAGGAAAAGGUUAAAGUGCACACACAUGAGGAGGAGGAGGAGGAAGGGCGAGCACAUGGGCCAGUGAUCCUGAGGAAAAAACGGGCAGCCGACACUGAGAAGAAUACCUGCCAGCUCUUUAUCCAGACAGACCACUUCUUCUUUAAAUACUAUAAAACCAGAGAGGCUGUCAUUGCACAGAUCUCCAGCCAUGUGAAGGCCAUCAACUCCAUCUAUCAGAGUACAGACUUCCAGGGCAUCCGCAACAUUGGCUUCAUGGUGAAGAGAAUCAAGAUCAACACCACAGAGGAUGAGAAAGACAAUUCAAACCCAUUCCGUUAUGCCAACAUCGGUGUGGAGAAGUUUCUAGAGCUGAACUCGGAGCAGAACCAUAAUGAUUACUGUCUGGCUUAUAUCUUCACCGACAGAGACUUUGAUGAUGGAGUUCUAGGGCUGGCAUGGGUCGGCGCUCCCUCAGGAAGCUCUGGUGGGAUCUGUGAGAGCAAUAAGGUUUACUCUGAUGGCAAGAAGAAGUCUCUUAACACUGGCAUCAUCACCGUGCAGAACUACGCCUCCCACGUUCCCCCUAAGGUUUCCCACAUCACCUUCGCCCAUGAGGUUGGACACAACUUUGGCUCUCCUCAUGACUCUGGAAGCGAGUGCACUCCUGGAGAGUCAAGUACUACUGAUAUGAAGGAGCGUGGAAACUACAUCAUGUACGCUAGAGCCACGUCCGGAGACAAGUUAAACAACAACAAGUUCUCCAUCUGCAGCAUCCGCAACAUCAGCCAAGUGUUGGAUAAGAAGAGAAGACAGUGCUUCGUGGAAUCUGGGCAGCCGAUCUGUGGAAACGGAUUAGUGGAGGCUGGAGAACAGUGUGAUUGUGGUUACAGUGAUCAGUGUAAGGACAGUUGCUGCCACAGUGCCAAUGAGCCUGAUGGCAAAAAGUGCAAACUGAAGCCUGGAGCCAAAUGCAGUCCCAGUCAGGGCCCGUGCUGUACACCUGAGUGUGAGUUUAAAGGAAAAGAUCAAAAGUGCAGGGAUGAGUCGGAGUGUGCUCAGCAGAAGAACUGCGACGGCAACACAGCUCAGUGCACCACGUCUGAGCCCAAAGCAAACUUAACGUCCUGCAACAGAGAAACACAAGUCUGCAUUAACGGGGUCUGUACUGGCUCGAUUUGUGAGCGCUUUGGGUUGCAGAUCUGUACGUGUGUCAGUAAAGAUGGGAAGGAUGAGACAGAACUGUGUCACGUCUGCUGCAUGGAGAAGAAUCAGCCCAACACAUGCAAAAGUACAGGCUCAACUGAAUGGUCACAAUUCUUUCAAAAUAAGGUACGCACCCUGCAGCCCGGUUCUCCCUGCAACGACUAUAAAGGCUACUGUGACGUGUUUAUGAAGUGCAGGCUGGUGGAUGCAGACGGACCGCUGGCCAGACUCAAGAAAGCCAUCUUCAACCCUGUGCUGUACGAGAACAUCGCGGAGUGGAUAGUGCAUUACUGGUGGGCUGUGCUGUUAAUGGGCAUAGCCCUCAUCUUGCUCAUGGCUGGAUUCAUCAAGAUCUGUAGUGUACACACGCCAAGCAGUAACCCCAAACUACCCCCUCCGAGACCAUUGCCAGGUACGUUAAAGAGAAGGAGAGCUCAGGGGCAGAGUUCACAGCCUCAGCCUCAGCGUUCAAACCAUCGCCAGCCUAGAGAUACCUAUCAGAUGGGUCAGAUGCGCCACUGAGCGUCAGUCUCUGCCUUGGUUCUAGCUAGUGCCUACAACAGGAUGCACUUCACUCCAAAGAGUCACUGAACCAAUCAAUAAAACCUGUACACAAACGUAAACCUGAAUAAAGGAACCAGAUCUGCUUCGGCGGGCCUAAAACUGACUUGGCUAACAAGAAUGAAGCCACUGCUCUAACAGUAACGGAAUCUGUCCUUUCUCGAGGAGAAGAAAAGAAUCACUAUUUUAAUCUCUGUUCUGAGUUUUGCUCAGUUUUGUACCCCCUCUCUUCUUUCCCUGGGUUUUUCUCUGAGCUACAUACCCCAGGGUUUGCCUCUCUGUUUGAUUCCUAUUCAUUUUUCACUCCUGCUUUCUUACACUGCUUUUUGCAAGGAGACAUGAUUAAAAAAUAGUAGAUUCUGCAGCCAGUCGAGGAAAGACUGCGUGAGUGAGAAGUCCUUUCACAGAGACAUCAUUGAAAAUAAUGUUAAAUGAAAAGUUAUACCACUGCAAGCUUUUUUUAAAUUCACCGUUUCCCCCCCAGUACGGUUUUUCUCAUUAUAGUUUUUGUGGUUCCUACAUGAACAUUUUCUUGAUGUUAAAUAAAGGUUAUUUAAUAACUUCAUUGACACUCAGGACAAAUUACAAAGCCCAGCACAUAGCAUGUUAGAGAGAUGAAUGAAAUGCCUAAUUAUAAGGAUAUCAUUUUUAUUCUGACACCACCUGUCUCCAAUUCUGUUCUGUUCCAUUCUGUUCAUGAUAAAUACAAUUUUUUUUGAGCAUACACAUAGUGUUGAUUUGAAGUGGUGUGGUUUAGAUUAAGUGAAAUGUACAGAUCCUGGCAAAAAGAGAGCAAGUAAGAGGGAGAGAAAGUCAGACUUGUGUGAAUGGGUUGCAUAUUAUUGUAAAAGGUUUUUUAUAGGGUUUGAGGCAUCUUUUUGGUUCUUAAUUUCCAUGUCAUGUUUAGAGCUUUGAGUCAGUGUCAGCUAUCAGAUCAGCCACUAGAGGAGAAGGAAGCAUUGUACUUCUGUCCCACCCGGAGAGCUUAAGCAAGGGCAAAAAGAAAGGUAUGCUAGACAUAGAGUUUCCCGCUCCACAGUUAUGAUCACAAGGUGCCAGAUUGAUUGCAUUUCUACCGGGUUUAAAGCUGGUGGUUGUAGGUUUAGAGUCAGCAAUAAUUCAUAUUUUUUUUAUAUUUAACUGUCCCACAGUUCCUCUGGUUUAAAAGCCAUCAGUGAUUCCUUUUUGCUAACCUGCUCACAUUUACUUUGGUUUAAAGAACAAUUAUUUUUGCAAACAAGACCACAGUUCAGCUUAUUUGUUCCUGUUUUUGCAAAGCAGCCUGCAUUUUCUCAGGUUUGAGAGAUACAGCAUAUAAACAUAUCUUUAUAAACAACAUAUAUACAAUGAGGGUUGCAUGUCUUUAAUGCUUUUAGCUGAUCAUGUAGCUGCUCAUAUGAUCUAUUCUUACUUUAUUUGUAUUAAGGGCAACAAAACCCCACAAACCCUUAUUAUAACAAAUUUUCAGUUCGAAACCUUUUCAGCUGUCUGGUUUUAGGACUGAGCAGAUUUUGUGAGCUGAGAACCAGCUUUUUUGUGGUGCAUAUGUGGCACCGCCUCUGGCUUCUUGUUGGUAGAAAAAAGGUUCACAGAGCUAGUUGAUCAAUUUAAUAAUUGCGCUGAUUAGAGGAAACAACAACUACGAGGACUAAUAAAGUAAUAAUGUUAAAAAGAAGAAAGAUAAGAAAGGCAAGUAAAGAAAACAAACAGGACCUAUUAAUUAUAUUAGAAAUGGAACAACAUGGACAAUUAGCAAUUUCUGCUUAGUUCACAUUUUGAGGAGUAUUGUGAAAAGUUGUGUCAUCAUUCAAUGCCACAUAACUGCAUUUAAGAGGAUAAUUUAGUUGUGUUUUUUUAAAUAAAACUUGUCAUGAUGUAAUAAAACUUUUAGACAUAAGAUCUGGUUCCACAAGACUGCUAUCACUAUAUCUACAUUAAACUACACUCACCCGGGUACUUCUUACUGUCGACCAACACAAGUUUCCCUGCAUAUAACAUCCACUGUUCAAACGCACAUCUACUACGCUACAUGAUUUACUGCUAAGCUUUUUUUUAAAGGAAAAGACUCAGCUCAAAAAUGUAAGAGCUUGUUGUUUGUCGGCUUAGUGCAAAACUAACAGUGAUCACGACUUUUAGGUUUUGUCAGCAUUUUGUUUUUGAGUAGUCUCUGAACUCUUUGGCCGCACAUUAUUUUCAUGUUUACUCUGUCUGGAACAAAAAUAUCCACCCCCUGAUUGCAGAAUGCAGAACUCAUUUUGAUUUACUGAGUAAAAUCACUUAAUCCACUUUUUUUCUUUUGCUUGGUGGUAGUUCUUUUGCUGGACACAAUUGUUUAUCGGGGCCUAAUGUGCCAUAAUGUUUCAUAGCUGAGCAGUGAUGUACAACUCCAGUCAAGGACUGGAGUUUAUGGUUUAUAGCCUUUUGAAGUACCCAGUCAAAUAAAGCUACCUCCAAAAUCCUUUUAAAUGUACACACAGACAAUUAGGGUAUGUUUUCUUGGUGGCCGUGGCCUUGCUGUCAGUCCUGCAGUGGGAAAUAUAUGCAAGGGAUAUGCUUAUUUCUCUAGGUGUUCUCUAAUGCGUAAGGUCCUGAUCCGAGCUGAUUUAAGUGUAUCUAAUCAUUCUUGUCUGUUCAUCUGUGGUAAUUUGGUGUAGGAAGGGUAAAUGUGGCAUAGGGGGCUUUUAAUUUCAGUAUGCCUCUUCUUCAUGUAUUGCUUUAACAGUUAAUGCACUGAUUUUAAUGCAACAUGUAAGAGAAUUAAAAUGGAAAAAUGUUGUAAUGGUGUUUGAUUUUAAAAGCUGACGUGUUUAAUACAGUAUAUAUGAUUUUUUUUUUUUUUUUAGCUUAUUUCUGUUUUACUCUUUCUUUAUUUGCGCUCACUUUGAAAUUUUUUUACUAAAAACUGCAAAAAGUAUUGUGCAAAGAUAUGUCGUUUUUAAAGUACUUGAAAUGCAUUAAUAAAAACUGAUUUUAUUAA